AACACGGUUCGCGUCGUUUAACACGGUUAACCGUUUUUAUUCCAUGAAAAAAAAUUGGAACGAGAGGAAAAAAAAGUAAAACGUUGAAGUGAUACCGCAUUAGGAAAAUAUCAGUAGAAAUAAUAAUCGUGUAAUUAUUUAGAUUUCUCUGAAAAUGUUGAAAAAUCACAUUUCAAUGUUAAUAUUACGUAAGGGUGAAUUUAUUUAACAUCUAAAUGACAUAAAAACAGUUGAAAUUAACUGUGAAAAGUUAUUGGGUGUCCCAACACUAAACAAAACUCGAGGGAAAAUCGAGUGUGUGGUGUGUGUCUGGUAGGUGAUAUAUUUGUGUUGUGGAGGUGUCACAUGCCCCAUCGGUGUCUAUGCAUAAUUUGAGAAUUUGGAAGGUGUUUUAGAGAAACUUUUGAUUUGGCAGAUUGAAAAGAGUUAAGGAUUUUGAAGAAACGAGAAAAAUGUCGGAGAUUAUAUACCCUCAGGGGUGUAGGCCGGUCAGCGAUGAUCUGGGAGCUGAUGAGUUGAUCAGGAGAUUGAAGACUCUAGCUCACACACUUCAAGCAAUGGGCCAAGACGAAGGUAUGUACCAGCAGUACAUUCCCCUGGCCCUCCACCUCGCAGAGGAGCACUUCCUGAGUCACCCAAGCAAAGACGUCCAACUGUUGAUCGCCUGUUGCAUCGCAGACGUCCUAAGAGUAUACGCCCCCGAAGCACCCUACAAAGACGCCGAUCAAGUGAAAGGAAUCUUUCUCUUUCUGAUAAAACAACUCGCAGGCCUGAAGGACCCAAAAGAUCCAGCAUUCAAACGUUACUUUUAUCUCCUGGAGAAUCUUGCCUACGUCAAAUCCUUCAACAUGUGUUUCGAGCUCGAAGACUGCCAGGAGAUCUUCUGCGCAUUAUUCUCCCUGAUGUUUAAAAUAGUGAACGACGAGCACUCGGGGAAAGUCAAGAGUUUCAUGCUGGAGGUCCUCUGCCCCCUGAUAACAGAAUCAGACACAGUGAGCAACGAACUCUUGGACAUAAUCCUGAUGAACAUUGUGGAGCCCAAUAAAACACAAAAGAAGAAUGCCUACUGGCUGGCAAAGGAACUUGUAGUAAAAUGCAGUGACACACUUGAACCUUACAUCCAGGCUUUUUUCAACCACGUCCUCAUCCUGGGAAGAGAAGAGAAAGGUCUCCAGAUCUGUAAAAAAGUCUACGAUUUGAUCUACGAACUGAACCACAUCUGCUCCAGUAUUCUACUUUCAGUCCUUCCCCAACUCGAAUGCAAAUUGAAAUCAACCCUAGAGACUGAAAGACUGAAUGCUGUUGCACUUUUAGCCAGAAUGUUUUCGGAGAAGGGUUCCCAACUGGCGACCCAACACACCCAACUUUGGCGAGCAUUCUUGGGUAGAUUCAACGACAUAAGUGUCGCAAUCCGCACCAAAUGCGUCCAGUACUCCAUGCACUUCCUUCUUAAUCAUCCAGAGCUCAGAAAGGACAUCACUGACACCUUGAAAAUGCGUCAGCACGAUGCAGACGAGAACGUUCGUUAUGAAGUCGUAAUGGCCAUUGUAUCAACAGCACGAAGAGACUUUGAAGUUGUUUCGGACAAUGAGGAUCUCCUGGAGUUUGUGAAAGAGAGAACUCUUGAUAAAAAAUUCAAGAUCAGAAAGGAAGCCAUGUCAGGACUUGCGAUGAUUUAUAAAAAACAUUUGAACGAUGCUGAUGUACCUCAGGCCACGAAGAAGGCAGUGACAUGGAUCAAGGAUAAAAUCCUCAAUGGUUACUACAUGACUGAAAUGGAUGACAGAUUACUGGUGGAGAGAUUGUUAAACACCUGCUUGGUACCUUAUCAACUGCCUGCUGAAGAGAGAAUGAAAAAACUAUACCAUCUACUCGGAACAAUCGAUGAUAAUGCUUCAAAAGCAUUCGUUGCACUUCAAAAACAUCAACUUGCUGUACGCAGGGCAGUCAUGGAGUGGGUAGAGAUUGUCAAGAAGCCAGACGCCAAUAACGAACUCAUGACUAAGGUUCAUCAGAUCUCUCGCUUUCUUCCAGAUCCCAUGAAAGUUAUGGAAUUUCUUCAGAAGUUCUCAGCACACAUGAAGAAAGAUCCCAUUCUCCUCCAAGGAAUGGAGACUAUUGUUCAACCUACUGUCUCAUGCAAAGAGUGUGCAGAAACAAUUGCAGCUGUUCUGAAGAAACUUGGCCAGCCAGUAAUGACAAAUCUGUACUACAAUACCAUCAAAAAGCUCCUGGAGCGAGUCAGUUCUGUGCUGAUCGAUGAGGAGGCCAUUAGAAUAUUUAUUGGUUACGUCCACGAUUGUCUGAAAGGGGGUAAUGUCAUUGAGGAAAUUGGAUUGAAUCCCAGUAAUGCUGGAGAGAAGGGUCUGCGUCUAUUGGUAAUGCUCUCCUUCGUCUUUGGACCACAUUUUCUUCAUAAUGAUAUUCUCAUGCAGCUUGUUGAACUUUUGGAAAUUGAGGACGAGAUGGUGGGUGCUUUGGUCCUGUCAAUUUUCACAUUCCUGGGAAAGUACAAGCCCCUAUACGAAGUUGCACCUGAUAUUAUGGCUAGGAUGGUGCCAAUCUGCAAGAAUUUUGCACUGUCAGGAACUCCAAAACAAGCAAAACAAGCGAUUCGCUGUAUUUUCGUGAACAUGGUCAAUAUCCAUGACACAAUAUUCCCUGAUAUAAUUGAUAAGAUCAAGACAACAUUGACACCAACAUCCAGUGACUACAGAACAUCGAUAGUUACACUGGGACACAUUGCUUAUAAUCUACCAGAUAAGUAUCAUGUACAGAUUAAGAAUAUGGUAUCGAGGAAAAUUGUGAAAGAGUUGCUGGUGAAAGAGACGACAGAAUCUCCUGCUAAUGCUAUUGAGGGUGACUGGCGCAAGGAGGAGCAAUUGCCAGAGGAAACUCGAUGUCGAUUGGAAGGACUCAAGUGUAUGGCAAGGUGGUUGCUUGGAUUAAAGACAGAUCAUUUGUCAGCGCAAAAAACAUUCAGAAUGUUGAAUGCUUUCGUUGGAAAUAAGGGAGAUCUGCUACAGCAGGGCAGACUCAGUCGUGCUGAAAUGAGCUGGUUGCGCCUACAGGCUGGCUGCUCUAUGCUCAAAAUUUGUGAACAGAAGGGGGUUGGAGAUCAGUUCAUCGCUGAACAAUUUUAUAAUUUAUCACUACUAAUGGUGGACGAGGUCAAGGAGGUCAGGGAAGCAUUUGCUGCCAAAUUGCACAGAGGAUUGGGCACUGGAAUUCCAAACAAAUGUUUGCCACUGGAUUUCAUGGGUUACUAUGCACUUGGUGGAAAGGAACAGGAUAAGAAGCAGAAAGCACAGUUGAGGACAUUUAUGGUGACUGAUAUCAACAGGAGAAGGGAUUACGUUAAGGCUCUUUCUCUUGGAACUGUUGAGAGAGCCAUGGGACAAUUACCACACAUUUUACCUGAUUACAUGCUGGUUUUCGCUGUUCCAAUUCUGGCUCAUGAUCCUGAAUUCACAAAUCAUAAGGACAUUAGUCAACUAAGAAUUAUUGAACAGUGUUUGAGAUUUAUUCUUGAGCCACUCAUCACCAAAAAUGAAUAUUACUGUUAUGGAUUUUAUAAGAAUCUCAUUGAAAAAAUGAAGAACCACAAGGAUGCUGUAAGACCUGAUGAUGAUGAGAUGAAUUAUAAAUUGUGGACUGUCUGUGAUCUUGCUAUGAACGUUAUUUACACUAAGACGACGAAUUUUGAUAUGAAGGAGUUUCCGAGUGAAUUGAGAAUUCCUACCAUGUACUUCAAGCGGGCUGAUGAGCUCAGCAGUAAUUCAAUAAAUUAUUUGCCACCUGAGAUGCAGAUUAAUAUGACUAGUCCGAAGGGAAAGGGUGGACUUAUUCAUAAUACCAAUGAGAGAUCGACGAGGAAGAAGGGAAAACAUGCCAGAGAGACUGUUGGUAUUGGACCUAAUGAAACUGACGCAAGGCUGCAAAUUGGAGAGAUGGAGUGUAUUGAUGCACAGCCUGCCGAAGCAUCAGAAACGAGAAUUCAACUUCCUGGAAUGGAGGAAGAGAUUGACGAACCACCAGCGAAGAGAACAAGAGAAUCCGACAAACUGAGUAAAUAAUUGAAAAACAAUUCUACCAAUCGGUAUGAAAUGACAUUUUCAUUAUUUACAAUGGACACUUUGAUGAGCAUGAGGCAUUUAAAGAUGAAGAAAAGUAAGAGGAAAACAUCAACAUCAAUGGAAGAUAUGAAAAUAAACAUUACAAAUUAGAAAACAGAAUAUUUUGGUUAUGUACAACAAUUAAUAAUACUUAAGUCGUUCGCAUAUGUCUAGGAACUUAAGCUGUUUUAAGAUAACGAUACCAUUGGAACUUAAAAUCCAUUGACAAUUUCUUCAAUCUCAAUAUUCCUGUUUCAUCGAAACAUCAGAUUUAUGUUUUAUGUAAUUUUUACAACUUGUUUGAUGUAGUUUUUUGUUUAUUGAGAGAGAGGGGCACAUGAUAAUGUCAUUGUUACAUCUGAAGACCUACUUCACUUCUUCUGGAAAGGGAAGAACAAUUAUCAUUAUUAACUCAUUGAUGCAACUAUUUAUCAAUUUGUUUUGAUCCGUUGAAUUUUAUUCUAUCAUCUUCAGUUACUUCGUUUAUUCAAUAUAAAUGCACCAGCAUUGUCUCAAGUUGACAGACAUUUUUCUAUGAAAAGUAAAUAUGAAAAUUAUUGUGAA